UUUCAAGGAAUGAAUAAUAAAAAUUAGUUAUAUUAUUUGGAUACUCACUCUAAUAAUAAUGAAUAUGACAAUAUUUUAGUUUUGAUUCAUGGAAAUCUUAUAUCGAAUAAAUAUUGGACAAGAUUGAUAAAUUUAAUUCAAUAACAAAACUCCAAAAUCCGAUGUAUUAGUAUGGAUUUAAGAGGAUUUGGAUAAUCCUAAAUUAAUAAUCAUGUAGAACAUAUCACUGAUUUAUCUAAUGAUGUGGAUAAUUUGUUAAAUUAAUUACUAUCAGAUAAAAAUGAAGAAGAAUAUUAUUAAAAGCAUGUUUAUCUUGCAGGAUGGUCUUUAGGGGGAAUUGUUAGUAUGUAAUUAGCAGUUGAUUAUCCAAAUAAAUAUUAAAGACUUAUUUUAAUUGCAUCUGGAAGUGUUUGUGGUUAUGCUUUAAUGGCAGAAGAUGGAAUUGGUUAAGUAAGAUGUUAAACAAAACAAUAAGUUAAAGAACAUCCUAAAGUUGCUUUAUAAUAAUAAAAAUUAAAUGAUAAAGAUAAAAACUUUAUGAGAAUCAUUUUUGAUAAGUUAUUAUUCAAUAGUGGUAAAUACCCAGAAGAAUAAGAAUAUUAAUAAUUAUUGGAUGAAACAUUUUUAUAAACUUAAUAUACUGAUGUUUGUUGGGCUUUAAAUCAAUUUGAUAUAUCGUAUUAUUACAAAUAUUUUUAAGUUCUGGAGGAACUAAUAAAGCUUCUUCAAUUAAGGGGCCAGUUUUAAUUUAUCAUGGAGAAAUAGAUUUAGUUAUACCAUACAUUUAAGCAUAAGGUAAUGCUAAAGAAAUUGGAGAAGAGAAAUGCACUGUUAUAAUUAGACCUGGUAUAGGUCAUAUGCCUCCGAUUGAAGAUGAUACUAAUUUAGCUUAAGAAAUUAGUCGUUUCAUAAAUUGA